AUGCACGUGCGGAAUAGGCGUCUAACACCCAGCCAAGAGGCCGAGGUGUUCGAUGUGAUGGGUAGUUUUAAGAUCACUAGGAAGCUUCGUGAGUUAGCACUGACGCGUUUCGGUCGUAGACUCACUCGCGAAGAUUUCCGAUCCAUCCGUCAACGAUGGUCUCAAAUGAGUAGACGAAUCGACGCCGUUCGCGUUUGUGACUUAUUGCUUUCGGAAGGUGCCUUANCUUCUUUAGAUAUCCAAGUUACGACUGCGAAGCACAAGUAA